AUGUGUUCGUUUCCGACGAGUCAUUCGGCGACUGUCGAGGAAUUACAUAAAGGGGAGUAUGAAGUGGGCGGAGGGGGUGUAAUACCCCUCGAAAUUUUAGACACAAGCGGAUCGUAUGAAUUUCCAGCGAUGAGACGACUGGCCAUAUCAGCAGGCGACGCUUUCGCUCUCAUCUAUUCGAUCGAUAGCUCGGAGUCUUUCGAAGAAGUGAAACGAUUGCGCGAAACAGUACUCCAAGUGAAAGGAGACGUCUACUGUCCGAUAGUAGUGGUCGGAAAUAAGUCCGAUUUGCCCGAAGAUAUGCGAGCCGUUCGCAUGGAGUUAGCGGAGUGUGAGUGCAUUGAUUGGGACCACGGAUUCGUCGAGUGCUCGGCGAAGAACAGCCAAAACAUCGUCAAUAUCUUCUCCUCGAUGCUCAUCCAGGCCAGACUCAAGGGCUGCCUCAACGUCACUCAGAUCUUGGCCUCCAACUCAUCUAAACAUCACUCUUCACAUCACUCCAGAGACCAUAACCCAGGUAGUGAAUACAGGUCUCAUAACCAGCGCCGGCGUUCAAGUCUUCCCAUAAGCGAACUCUUUCAUCGAUCGCAACCUCCUAUGUCUGGCUUAAGUCAACAGAGUAGGGAUAGGGAUAGGGAUAAGCUUUCAUUUCGCAAACGAAACAGUUGUACCCCUUCCUAAUCCAUACGUGAUUUGUCUUCAUUACCAUUCAUUACGAAAGGGUUUGUUCUCUUCAAGCCAUUGCCAACCCUGUUGUCAUUGAAUCUGACAUUUCAGUCAAUCACUGCAUUGACUUCAUUGACUACAUUC